UCCUCCGAAGAACCCGGGAACAACACACCAUCCUUCGCUUACGAACUUAACCCUUAAAACUACUCUUUAAAUACACAAUGUCCUACUCGAAGCCUCACUAAUCGAUCGUUUCGUUUGGUCUCUGUUACCUUCCUACUCCAUCUGUAAAGAUACCCGAUCCAUCCUUUUCUCUGUGUGACACCGGUUAUAACUCAACGCCGACCAUCGGAGUCGUCGCAGCAGCGAGCAAUUCGAAUAAUAUUAUGACAGAGGGCACCGCGCCGACGGUUGAAUGUUUAGAUAACACAUUGGACGGUCCGAACGAUCAGCAGGAGCAGCAGCAACAGCAGCAAGAGCAACAAGAUCAGCAACACGCGGAGGCGGUGCAGGGAACGGUCGGUGUACGUAUCGAGGUAACGAGUGCGCCAUCGGCAGGUUCCGUCGAGCUAGUCGCUAUCGGUAAGGAGUCUCAGGACGAUCAGCAGCAGCAGCAGCAGCAGCAACAACAUCAACAGGCAGUCGCGAUGUCGCAAAGUACAAAGAAGGCGGAAAAAGACCUCCCGGAGCGUGGAUCCUGGGGGUCGAAGCUGGACUUUAUCCUGUCGGUGGUCGGGUUGGCGAUCGGGUUGGGCAAUGUGUGGCGCUUCCCGUACCUGUGCUACAAGAACGGUGGCGGCGCAUUCUUGAUCCCGUACUUUGUCACACUCUUCCUCGCCGGCAUACCGAUGUUCUUCAUGGAGCUGGCACUCGGUCAGAUGUUGACGAUCGGUGGGCUGGGUGUCUUCAAGAUUGCGCCCAUUUUCAAAGGUAUCGGUUAUGCAGCGGCCGUGAUGUCCUGUUGGAUGAACGUGUACUACAUCGUCAUCCUUGCGUGGGCCAUAUUUUACUUCUUCAUGUCGUUGCGUGCAGAUGUACCCUGGCGAACGUGUGAUAAUGCGUGGAACUCGAUCAACUGCGUCAACCCGUACGAUCGCAAGGACCUGCUGUGUUGGGAAACGCUCGGCGUGAACGGUACCCUCACGAAGAUAUGCUCACUAAACUCGAACAACGUGUCCAUGACGGAUUUGGCCGAUCCGGUGAAAGAGUUCUGGGAACGCCGCACCUUGAUGAUCUCGAGCGGCAUUGAUCAGGUUGGAUCGAUCCGCUGGGAGCUUGCUGGGACGCUUCUGCUGGUGUGGAUCUUGUGCUACUUCUGCAUCUGGAAGGGUGUCAAGUGGACUGGCAAGGUCGUGUACUUUACCGCCCUGUUUCCGUACUUCCUGCUUACCAUCCUGCUGAUCCGUGGCAUUACGCUACCAGGUGCCUUCGAGGGUAUCAAAUUCUACGUCAGUCCUAAUCUGUCGAAGCUGGCCGAAUCGGAGGUGUGGAUCGAUGCAGUCACCCAGAUCUUCUUCUCGUACGGUCUCGGUCUGGGAACGCUGGUUGCCCUCGGCAGUUACAACAAAUUUAACAACAAUGUGUACAAAGAUGCCCUGAUUGUGUGUACCGUCAACUCGAGUACCAGUAUGUUUGCCGGCUUCGUGAUCUUCUCCGUCGUCGGUUUCAUGGCACACGAGCAGCAGCGUCCGGUGGCCGAAGUGGCCGCUUCCGGGCCCGGGCUUGCCUUCUUAGCCUAUCCAUCGGCCGUCCUACAGCUACCGGGUGCACCGCUCUGGUCGUGUCUGUUCUUCUUCAUGCUGCUGCUGAUCGGUCUCGACUCGCAGUUCUGCACCAUGGAGGGCUUCAUUACGGCGGUCAUCGACGAGUGGCCGCAUCUGCUGCGCAAGCGUAAGGAAAUCUUCAUCGCGGUCGUGUGUAUGAUCAGCUACCUCGUUGGCUUGACGUGUAUUACGGAGGGCGGUAUGUACGUGUUCCAAAUCCUUGACUCGUACGCGGUCAGUGGCUUCUGUUUGCUGUUCCUGAUGUUCUUCGAGUGCGUCUCGAUCUCGUGGGCUUACGGUGUGGACCGUUUCUAUGACGGCAUCAAGGACAUGAUCGGCUACUAUCCGCUGUCGUGGUGGAAGUUCUGCUGGGUCGUCACUACUCCUGCCAUCUGUGUCGUAAGUAUUGGGUAGCUGCUGCAGGUAGUAUUGCCGUAACGCCGUUGCGCUUUGUGUGAGUGAGUGAAUGAGACAUGAGUGAGUGAGAAUUUACAGGUCUUCGCCAUCGAUCUUCAAGGUAAAUGGAGUUAUGUCACGGUGGGAUAUAAAAACGUGGGAAGUUUAUUCAUAUUUUUCAGCUUUGGUCUAAACGUCAGAAUUGCGGCAGGAAAACCGAAGAACACUGGGACAUCUUAGUUGUCUUGAAGCUGAAAUUGGAUCCAUCCUCAUAAAAAGAUUAUUAACGAUAAAUAAAUUAUU